CCCAGCGCUCCCGCCAUGCCCCGCGCGCCACGCCCCUCGGCGCACGCUUCGCCGCGCUCUGGGGAUGUCGCUGGAGACGCGGAGGAUGAAGGGCGAUGUGGAGGACGGUGAGCUCUCCGAUUCGGAUUCCGAUAUGCCCGGCGCAGGCUCCCCAGGGGAGCCGCAGCAGAAAUCACAUGAUAGCAGUGAUUCAGGCAGACCAUUGCAGAGCAGUGUUUCAUCAUGCGCUCCGAGUGUUCCUUAUCGGACAACCAAAGGUGUGGAUUCAAGUGAUGAAAGCUUUUCUGAAUCUGAUGAUGACAGCUGCCUGUGGAAACGAAAACGACAGAAAUGUUUCAACUUCCCUCCUACGAAAUCUGAGCCUUUUAACCUUAGCCAGAGCUACCAAAAUCAGACUGUUCUAGGUGGCAAGAAGGUCAACAACAUUUGGGGUGUGGUGCUCCAAGAGCAAAAUCAGGAUGCAGUGGCUACUGAACUUGGAAUUCUAGGCAUGGAUGGUAGUAUUGACAGAAGCAGGCAGUCUGAGACUUACAAUUAUUUAUUGGCUAAAAAGCUGAUGAGGGAAGCUCAGCAGAAGGAGGCAGAGACUUUAGAUAAAGAACUGGACGAAUACAUGCAUGAUGACAAGAAAACAUUGCCAGCAGAAGAAGAAAAUGGACAUGGCUUUCUUAAACGGAAGCGGCCUGUAAAAGAUAGACUGGGUGAAAGACAAGAAAUGAAAUAUAAAGGAAGGUAUGAGAUAACAGAAGAAGAUUCCGAGGAAAAAGUGGCAGAUGAAAUUGCAUAUCGGCUUUGUGAGCCAAAGAAAGAUUUGAUUGCCAGAGUAGUAAAAAUCAUUGGGAAGAGAAAAGCUAUUGAACUGCUUAUGGAAACAGCUGAAGUAGAACAAAAUGGUGGACUGUUCAUAGUGAAUGGCACUAGGAGAAGAACACCAGGGGGUGUUUAUUUAAACCUGUUGAAGAACACACCCAGCAUCAAAGAAGAACAAAUCAAGGAAAUAUUCUAUCUGGAAAACCAAAAGGAAUAUGAAAACAAAAAGGCUGCUAAGAAAAGGAGAAUACAAGUUCUAGGAAAGAAGAUGAAAAAAGCCAUUAAAGGGCUUAACCUGCAAGAAUAUGAUGAUGCAUCUCGUGAGACUUUUGCUAGUGAUACAAAUGAGGCACUGGCUUCCCUGGAAGAUCUGCAGGAGGGGCAUCACGAAGCAAAGAUGGAACCUGAAGACAGUAUUGAAAUUGAUAAUGCUCAAGAUUUGGAGAUCUUCUAGUUACUAAUGUUCUGGAUAACAAAGUCUUUAUAAAAUAUAUUAAAUGGCCCUUUCUUAUAAUCCCAUGUCUUCUUGUUUUCAUAAGUUGCAGAAACAUGGGAAAUAUUUGAUGCUGAAGAACACGACAUAAAUCUUAGGUAAAUUUAACAGCGUGAAAGAUGUUAAUCGUCCUAUUGUCUGUUUGCUGAUUCCUCAAACUUAAGAUUGUUCUAGAUAACAGCCCUGCAUCACUGUUUGUUCCGUAGAAACAUUUUAGCCACAUGUUAGCUUUAGGAAUUAAGGCUACGUUUUAACCAAAUAUAUCAUAUUUAAUUUGCUAAAGUUAACAAAGUCAACAAGUGAACAGUACUCUUCAUUACAGUUGAACAGAAAAAGCAGUAUGAAGUUAAUCUUCAUAUUAAAGAUCUUGUGUUCUUAUUAUGGCAGCGUAUUGAGAAGAAUAGCAGUGUUUCUGGAACCUGUAAAAGCAGAGUGGUUUGUGAAAUAAAAAUUGUAAGUCAGUGACCUUUGAAUAAUAACUUUGUAAAUAAGCAAUGUUGAGCAGUUUAUGUUUUAAGUUUCUGCAGAAGUUCAAUCAUUCUUAUAACAGUAGAGGCCUGAGUUUCCUACCUGUUUUGUUUAGAUUUUUUUCAGACACACAACUUAGGCAGAUCUUUUUGUAUGAAAACAGUCAUAACUGAAUGCUUUUCAAAAAGUGAGAUUUUAUUAAUCUGUGUUCCCCUCAAGAAUCUGUAGACUUUACAUGCAAGUAUAAACCCUUUACCUUGCAAUUCUUGUUUCUCUGCUUCUCAUGUGUGCAGUAGGAUAAAGGAAUGUGCAGCUAGCAGAAGUUCGGAAGAUUUUCUAUGCUGUGUCAAGAAAACAGUAGUAUGCAAAGGAUGAUAUUUUUCUUUAUGUGAUGCAGAAGACUUGCGUAGUUCCUAAGUUCAAGUGAAACCAACCUUUAUGUUUAGUGGUUUUUUUAAUAUAACUGAAGAAAUGUGCAACACUGAUAAUGUGUUAUGUCUAAAACUAAAAUACUUCGUCAUUAAUAAGUUGUCGUUUCUGUGACUAGAAACACUUUUCCAGUAUAAAAAUUUCUGAAAUUUUAAUGAAUUAAUUCAUUUUCAUACGCAACAACAAAUUUUUGCACAUAUGAGUAAAUUUUCUUCUCCUGGAGUCCUUGGAUUUCAGAGGAAAAGCACAUCACUAAAACACAUAAUGAAGUUAAAAUAUUGAACAAGUCAGUACUGUCACAAGCUGGCAUUUAAAGGACUACAGUAUUGGAGGAAAAAAAAAAAGAAUUUUUAAACAUAUAGCACAUUCCAUUAUCUGCUUUACUAAAUUUAAUUAGUAGUUUUGACUUCUCUUUAGUUUUCUAUUCAUGUGCCAGAACUCCCUAUUCAGAAGUUAGUCAUGAGAGGUGAAGCAUGCCUUUGCUCAUAGUAGUUGCUCUGGCUGAAAUAACCAAAUGUUUUGAAUUGUUCAUUAACUGUCCUAGGGAACCUGCAGUGGUCAGAGUACUAAGCUGAUAGCUCGUGUAAGGGAAACAGAAGUUUGUACUGUUUAAUUAGUUUGGGACUGUGGUAUUUGAUCCUAUUUGGGGAACUGCUUAAAAUGUCUUAGCAAAUUUCUGGAUAGAAUCAGCAAUUUGUAGUGGUUUAAGUAAUUUUUUUUAUUGUUAAGUAAUUUGCUGCUAAUGAGCACUAUGUGUUUUCUAAAUGUUAGUAUUUUUAGUUUUGAUUUCCCAGGUAAGGUGUAGUGAAACUGUGGAAAGUAUUUUUAACAAAAAGAAGGAUAGAGAGGGCACAUUCCUUUCCUCCAGUGUCUAACUGGUCUUUGCUUAUCUCCCUUUGUUUUCUUUCUUUUCUUGGGCUUUUGACAACAUCCUUUCAAAAGGAAGCCUGUUCAAAAUGAUAAGCAGCAAGUCUUCAUUCCUGUUACACCAACAAUUUCUUUUUUCUUUAGCUUGGGUAUCAAAAAUAUUUCAGCACCAGUUUUUGUGUAGCACUGUUGUACCAGCAUUCAAGCUUUGGUAUGUUAGUGGAGUUGCAGAGCUGCUCCUCCCCUCUCUGCAACCUGGCACAGACACUUGCCCUCUUCUGUGAGAUGUGUAUCAUCGUGGCAGCCCAGCAGUCACCACACUAUGAGUCCAUGUGUGGUGGAGUUUGGGGCUGAUGUCAGCAAGCCUUGGGUCGAGCAUGGGCAGUGCUGGGGCUGAGGAGUCCAGGGCUUUGGAGUGUCAUACUGCUGUCACAGCAGUGUCCAAAGGGUUUGAUACAGAUGUGCCGGAGUGAGAAAACAGGCUGUGAUGUUCCUGUGUAUUGCUAUAGAUCUGGCUCUUUUCUCCAUGCCUGGCUGAGGUUGCUUGAAGGUGUUGAGAGGGAUAUGGUGGUGGUCAUCUUUAUCUUCCACAUCAGACUGCUUUUUCAUUCCUCCCUGUUUAUCUUCUUCCCCCAAAACCACUGCAAGAGUAGGAAGUGUGGGUAAUGAGAGAGAUAGCAACUCUGUGAUGCUUGUUAAUCAGCUGGUUUGUGACCAAACUGUAUUAUGUGGGCUGUUUUAUGUGGGAACAGGUGUACCUUGUUGUUUGGAAGCUGAUGUUUUACAGACAAAAAUGCAAAUAUAAGGAAUGGGGUUUGUGUGUCUAAGUUCCUUUGAUGGGCAGAUAUGAUUGAAGCACUGGUUUUACAGCAAAUGUAGACUGCAUACUGGUGGCACAAAUAUCGGGAUCCAUCAUUUAAGCUGUAACAGCAUAAUAAGCCAUCUCUCUUUUGCCUGAAGCAGACAGUGAAAAUGAGGGAAGUGUGCUCUGUUUCGAAAGACAAAACUUAUUUUUUCAAAUGAAGACAUUUUUCUCCCUUACAUUCCUAAUUCAAAUAAGAAAACAAUGCUUUUUUUAUAUCACAGGGAAAACGGAUUUAUUAACGAUUCAUUUUUACAGAAGAUUGUGAAAGCAUCACUUCAAGUAUAAUUGCAAUAUUGGGAAUUCUCCUUCCCCUUCCAAGUAGAUGAUCUCAUUAAAAUGUUAUGUCCUCCAGGCUUAUUAGCUGCUAUUUGCCAAAAUUUUCAAGCAGAGAGCAACCCAGUGCUUAACUGUGAGACCUUGGAAAGAAGAUGUGAAGAACUGUUUGAAUUUAAAAGUAGUAAUACCGAGAUCAGAGGUUGGUUUUGUACUGUAUACAACUUAAUAGUUUUCCUCUAUUCCCCAAGGUGCU